AAAGUAUGAUGUAAGAUAAGAAUAAAAUAAAAAAUGAUUAUGGCCAAUUUGUGUAGAUAUUGCUUAAUCAUUAGUGAAAGAAUUUGUAUUUUCUGUGGUGUCUAAAAUCAUGAACUCAAAUCAUGAUCUGCAAACACAAGAGGUUCCAAUCAUGCCACUUUCAAAUCUCCCCAUCAUUGAUUUAUCUCUGUUGCCUCACAAUAAAACCCAAAUAGUUCAAGAAAUUGGCAAAGCUUGCCAAAAGUAUGGUUUCUUUAAUAUAAUUAAUCAUGGAAUAAGUGAAUCAGUUAUAGAAGCAGCAUUAGAGACAAAUUCAAAAUUCUUUGAUUUGCCUUUAGGGGAGAAACUAAACCUGAUUUCUGAUGAUGUUCAUAGUCCAAUCAGAUUUGGAUCAAUUAAAGAUGAGAGAGGCAAUGGAAGAUUUACUAGGGAUUUUCUUAAGCUUUAUGCUUAUCCACUGCAGGAUUGGAUUGGUUCAUGGCCACCAAAUCCAUCAGAUUACAGGGAAAAAAUGGGAACAUACAGCAAGGAAAUGAGAAGACUAGGCAUUGAAAUCUUUGGAGCUAUCAUGGAAAGUUUGAACAUAAGCCAAACACAUCACAAACACGAAUUUGAACAAGGAAUGCACAUCAUGGCUGUUAAUCGCUAUCAUCCAAUUCCUGAAGCCAACGUUCUGACAGGAAUUCCGCCGCAUACAGACCACAGUAUUAUCACAAUCCUUCUGCAGAGUAGUUCCGGCCUUCAAAUUCUAGACCGGGACGAUAAUAUCUGGAAAGCGGUUAUUCCUCAACAUAACGGUAAUUCCUUGCAGGUUCUUGUCGGAGAUCAUCUUCAAGUGCUGAGUAACGGCGCGUGCAAGAGUGUACUGCACCGGGCGAUUCCCGGCUCGGAGGAGAAACGAUUGUCGGUUGUUAGUUUGCAUAGCUUUGGAAUGGAUGAUGUUGUUGAGCCUGCAGUUGAAUUAGUUGAUGAAAAUCAUCCUAAGUGUUAUAAAGGGAGUAGCUUAAGGGACUUUCUAAACCAUCUUUCUUCUAAAGUUUCAGAAUCUUUCAUUCAUACCCUUCAAAUUAAUUCUUGAAUUAUAUUGAGUAUGAGACACAUUUUUUAGAUUGUAAAUGUAAUCUGUUGCAGAAAAAGAAGUGGAAAAUAACAAAGACCAUUUUUUGGUUUAUUUAUAAUUAA